UACACUACUAUUUCCAGGAAAAAACCAGACAACCAUAAAUACUAUACAAUGCAAGCAAUAUUGGUGGAACUCUUAGAGUAUCAGCUGAAGUUAAGUUAAUCAAUUAAUGGCGGUGGGAAGAGGUGGCAGAAGCCUUAUGGGACCAUUCUUGGUCAUAAACUUAGUUGUUUAUUUAAUAGUACUAGGACUUGCUGGUUGGUCACUUGACAAAUACAUUGAUGGAGAACAAAAUCACCCCCAUUUAGGUGGGAAUACAUCAACAAGUUUUAUGUUGAUGUUUGCAUUGAUUGGGGGAGUGAUGGGUGCUUCCUCUAUGCUAGCUGGGUUUGUUCAUCUCCGAAAAUGGACAAGUCAAAGCUUGGCUACUGCUGCUACUUCUGCUAUCAUUUCUUGGGCCAUUACAGCUUUUGCUUUUGGUCUUGUUUGCAAGCAGAUAAUAAUGGGAGGUCACAGAGGAAAACGUCUGCAAACUUUGGAAGCCUUGAUCACCAUAGCUAUGGUUAGUCAAUUGCUCUAUAUACUGUUGUUGCACGCUGGGAUCUUUCGCAGCAGAUAUGGCCCUGUUUAUGGUUCCUAUGGACCUCAGCACUAGCUUUUGCUCAACUCAGCCUCCCCUGGUCCAGCUCCGAAAUCGCUCUCUCGAUGAUCAAAUUACAUGAUUCGUGUAUAUAAGUUUAAGUACAUAGGAUUGGGAGCCUUCCACUAUGCGGAUUAGACUUAAGAACUUGUACAUUGUAUACUCAAUAUCUGAGGGACACUUGUGCUUUGUAUGCUUUAUAACUAAAGGAAAAUAUGCUUGCCUUUCGAGUGUUUUUGCUUCAAUGUAGUGGUUUAAAAGACU